AAGCAGCGUCAACUGUCAUACUUCAGUACAUCAGCCAAUGGAACUUUCACUGUACAAAAGCGAUUCAAUUGAGCGACGUGGAAUUCAAAACAUUUAUCAACAAAAUUAAUUAAAUUCUACUAAAAGUACAUCAUUUAGAAUGGUCAGCGUGCUUCAAUCAAUUGACAGUGGUCACGAGGAUUUAAUUCAUGGAGCUGAAAUUGAUUAUUACGGCUUAAAUCUUGCUACAUGUUCAUCUGAUAACUGCAUAAAAAUAUUCGACAUUAAAAAUGGAGGUCAACGUCUUAAAGCUGAUUUGAAAGGUCACGGAGGUCCAGUAUGGCAAGUGGCUUGGGCACAUCCAAAAUUUGGAAACAUUCUCGCUUCAUGUAGUUACGACCGUAAAGUUAUCAUCUGGAAAGAAGUCAACGGCGAAUGGACAAAAUCGAAUGAAUAUAGUAAUCAUGAUUCAUCGGUAAAUAGCGUUGCUUUUGCACCACAUGAAUAUGGUUUGAUUCUUGCUUGUGGAAGUUCUGACGGUUCAAUUUCCAUUUUAACAUUCAACACUGAAUCUGGAAAUUAUGACUUCAAAAAGAUCCCAAACGCUCACACAAUUGGUUGUAAUGCAUUAAGCUGGUGUCCUUCAGCAGUUCCAGAAGCAGCCUUUGAUCAAAGAGGCAAACAAAACCAACCAGCAACAAAUGGAAUUCCUUUACAAGUUAAACGAUUCGUGUCUGGUGGUUGUGACAACACCGUGAAAAUCUGGAAAGAAGAUGGAGAUCGUUGGGUCGAGGAACGUCGUUUAGAUGUACAUUCGGAUUGGAUCCGCGAUGUUGCAUGGGCCCCAAGCAUCGGACUUCCAUCAUCUCGAAUUGCAAGCUGUUCCCAAGAUCGUCGCGUGAUUAUUUGGAGCACUGAAGACAUGACAACAUGGACACCGCAUAUUUUGAACACUUUCGAUGAUGUCGUGUGGAAUGUCAGCUGGUCACUCACCGGAAAUAUUUUAGGAGUGUCUGGAGGAGAUAACAAAAUAAGUUUGUGGAAGGAAAAUAACGACGGAAUUUGGACAUGCAUAAGUCAGGAUACUGAAAACGCUAAAGAUGAUCAGCGAGUGAUGUGAAAAGCUCGUGUUUUUGAAAUAAUUAAUUAAAUAUUUUAUGCUGAAUUCUACUCUAAUACCCACGAACAUUUUUUAAUUUUCCAACAGUUUAUAAUAAUUUCCAAUAAAAUCCUGAUGAUGGCCUGAAAAGAACUUCUCAAUUAAUUUUGUAACAAAUCCCAACCCAUCAAUAAAAUGUUAAUUAAAUUAAACAUAUAAAUUUCACUUAAUGUUUCAUUUUUAUUCCUCAGAAAAAAUUGGUUUUUACAGUAAUCAUUAUUUAACCACUAA